AUGAAAGAUUUUCCGGAUAAGCAUUCGAGGACAGCAUGUUGGGAUGCACGAGAUAAAUAUUGGGAGUGUCUAGAUAAAUAUGCACCAAAUUUCAAUAGAAAUAAUCAGUCUGAAAAGGAGCCAAAAGAAUGUGUUGAAUUGAGAAAACUUUUUGAGAAACAAUGUCCAUCAACAUGGGUCAAACAUUUCGAUAGAAAGAGAACUUAUGAAUUAUUCAAAAUUAGAAUGGAAAAGGGAUUUGAUCCAUUAGAAGAGCAAAAAAAUAAAGGAAAAAUGUAA